UGUCAAAUACGAAAACAAACACUCCGCACUGCAAGCGGCAAAACUUUAUUUAACUGCUUGCAAUACUAUCAAGUUUGAGUGCUGUUGAUUCUUAUCGAAAAGAAACUGAAGCAGUUUAAAGUUUUAAUUUUGUUUCGUGACUUUGUUUGCAAGUGAUCAAAUUAAUAAUACCAAAAUGUGGCCUGUGAUGCGACUAUGUGUAAGAAUGGCCACUUCCAACGGUAGAUCCGGUAUAACAAGACAACUGUGUUCGAACAUGGAUCAAUCUCAAGACGGAAAGAGUAAUCCAAAAACAGAACAGCAGGAUAACAAACCGGAAGAACCAUCCAUCCUGGUGGAAACAGAAGGAAACAUUACGAUGAUCGGAUUGAAUAAACCGCACAAACGGAAUGCAAUCGAUGCAGAGAUGGGCCAACAAUUAACUGCUGCUAUUGAAGCUUUUGAGCAGGAUUCGACAGCAACCGUAGCGAUACUCCACGGAAUUGGAGGUUCAUUCUGUUCCGGGUACGAUCUAUCAGAGCUAGCCAACCCGGAGGUGAAACCACAAUCCGUGAUUCUCCAGAGGGGCGGUGUGAUGGGACCCACGCGACGAAACUUUAAGAAGCCCAUGAUUUGUGCAAUAUCUGGAUACUGUGUAGCCGGUGGUAUGGAACUGGCCCUGAUGUGUGAUCUGCGCGUCAUGGAAGAACUGGCCGUCAUGGGUUUCUACAACAGACGAUUCGGUGUUCCACUAGUGGACGGUGGAAGUGUUCGACUGCCAGCGCUUAUUGGUAUUUCCCGCGCUAUGGAUUUGAUUCUGACGGGACGGGGAGUUCGUGCCAAAGAGGCUCUGGAAAUGGGACUGGUCAAUCGGGUUGUCGCCGUUGGGACCGGGCUUGGACAGGCAUACAAUCUUGCGAUGAGCAUUGCCAAGUACCCACAGGCAUGUUUGAAUCACGACCGGAACUCUAUGUACUAUGCCACAUAUCAAGCAAAAACGAUCGAGGACGCCAUGGAGUAUGAAAAGCUAACGGCAAACGAGGAACUCCUGAAGGAGGCUGUGUACGGGGCGGAACAGUUCCAGAAAGGUGUUGGUAAAGGUGGGAAAUUCCACGAUAUCAAGAAAAAGCCUCUUCCGGAAUGGGAAAAGGAGGAACUUGCACACGAGUUGAACGAAGCCCCAACAUCAAAAAAGUGAUGGUUAAUAGAUAAUAUGUUUUAGCUGUAAAUAUAUAUAUUUUUUGAAUAUGUAAACAA